AUGAACGCGGUGGAGCAGACGGUCACAUGGCUCAUCUCGCUCGGGGUUCUGGAUUCACCCAAAAAGCGCGUGUCGGAUCCCGAGGUCUUUCUGCAGGACGCGGUACGGGACGGAGUGGUGCUGUGCCUACUGCUGGAGCGACUGCGACCUGGGACCGUGGAGAAGUUCUUCCCGGAGCCGCGGACAGAGGCGGAGAGCCAGAGGAACGUGUCCGAGUUUAUAAAGGGCUGCGCGGGCUUCGCUGUGGAGCCGUUUGAUCCCAGUGACCUGCAGCUGAACUUCCCCAGAGUCCUGAGCUGUUUACUGGCGCUCAACAAGGCCACAGAAGGUGCGGGUUCAGUGGAUGAUGGGUGUGUCCCACGCUCCUCCAAGCUCAGGAUAAAGUCGUUUGAUUCCACAAACUGUCAGAGCCGAGUUUCCAAUCAGAGCAGAGCGUCCAAGCUGCAGCCGCAGUCACGCAGCCUGGACAUGUCGGAGGGCGGGGGUCGAGGCCAAUUGCUGGUGAGGGCGCGGUUUCCCUUCGAGCAGACCAAUGAGGACGAGCUGUCGUUCUCUAAGGGUGACAUCAUCAGUGUGCGCCGGCAGGAGGAGGGCGGGUGGUGGGAGGGGUCUCUGAAUGGAGCCACGGGAUGGUUCCCUAGCAACUACGUCCGAGAACUACGAGAGAAGUCCUCAGACAAACAGAAGUCUGGACCUCUGAAAAGCCCAAAAGGAUUUGACAACAGCAUCAUCAGCAAAACUUACUACAACGUGGUCCUGCAGAACAUCUUAGAAGCAGAAACAGAGUACUCUAGAGAACUCCAGAGUCUCCUGGGGAGUUAUCUGAGAUUACUGCAUCCAACCGAGAGGCUGAGCAGCGCAGACAUCGGCCACAUCCAGGGAAACCUCGAAGAGAUCUCCACCUUCCAGCAGAUGUUGGUGCAGAGUCUGGAACAGCUCACCAAACUUCCGGAGGCACAGCAGAGGGUCGGAGGCUUUUUCCUGGAUCUGAUGUCCCAAAUGAAGAGCAUCUAUGUGGAAUACUGCUCCAACCAUCCAAACGCAGUACACCUGCUCACACAGCACAGUGAGGAGCUGGGAUCCUUCAUGGAGUCCAAAGGAGCCGCGAGUCCUGGGGUCCUGACUCUGACCAUGAGUCUGAGUAAACCAUUCACUCGACUGGAGCGAUACCCCGCUCUGCUGACAGAGCUGGACCGACACAUGGAGGAGCAGCACGUGGACCGCUUAGACCUCCACGCGGCAAUGACAGCAUUCAAAAGUCUCACUGCCGAGUGUUUGGACGUGAGGAAGAGGAAGGAGCUGGAGCUGCAGGUCCUCAACGAGCCAAUCAGGAAGUGGGAAGGCGAUGACAUCACCACGCUGGGCCCAGUGCUCUACAUGUCCAUGGCGACAGUGAACAGCGGCACGCAGUGGGAGGAGAGGUAUCUGGUUCUGUUCUCUCAGACUCUGCUGAUGCUGUCGGCCUCUCUACGCAUGAGCGGCUUCAUCUACCAGGGCAGAGUACCUUUGUCUGGGAUGUUGAUCUCGAUGAUGGAAGACGUGGAAAAUGUGAGGAACGCCUUCGAGAUCACAGGAAGUUCUGGUGAGCGCCUGCAGGUGGCGCUGUCGUCUCCUGCUCUUUUGCAGCAGUGGUUGGACCUCCUCACAACACACACACAUGCACCGUCUGCCCAGAGCCACGGGGGGAGGCGCAGCAGCACCCUGCCCUCUCUGCCGGCCACUCCCUCCCGGACCUUGGACCUCCGCAACGGGACGUCCCACACUCUCCCCCAGGGCUUCUCAUUCAGCCUUAACCCAGGAGCAGGCUCUGUAUGGGGGGCUCUAGAGCCUCCACCAGGACCUCAACCAUGGAGCCAGAGCUGCCUCAGACCAGCACCUCCGCUGAGGCCGAGCAACGGACCUAAAGAGGACUUGAGCAAAAGUCCCAAAAACAUGAAGAAGCUGUUGCCGAAGCGUAAACCGGAGAGAAAACCGUCAGAGGAAGAUUUCAGCUCGAGGAAGAGCACCGCUGCUCUGGAAGAAGACGCACAGAUUCUCAAAGUGAUUGAAGCGUACUGCACCAGCGCCAAGACCAGACAGACUCUCAACUCCACGUGGCAGGGCACUGACCUCAUGCAUAACCACGUCUUGGUUGACUGUGGCGCCGACAGUCUGCCCGGCAACUCCUCAAUCGACCAAUCAGAAGACUCGGAUUACGACAGCUUGUGGACCAUGAACAGUUACAGAACCGGAUCCAUCUCUCGCUCCAACAGGAAAGAGGUGCAGAUGUUGUUUCCAGAAGAAGAGAAGAUCAUCGUGGAGGAAACUCGCAGUAACGGACAGACUGUGGUGGAGGAGAGGAGCCUUGUGGACACAGUGUACAGCCUGAAGGACGAGGUCCAGGAUCUGAAACAGAACAAUAAAAGAAUGCGGCGAACGCUGGAGGAAGAGCAGAGAGCAAGGAAAGAGCUGGAGAGAGUCGUACGAAGAGUUCUAAAGGAGCUGAACGACCCCACCUGGGACGAGACCAACCUCUGA